AUGCCACACACAACAAAACCAAGCCAAAUUUCAUCUUCCAAAGAUCUAAGAGAGAAGAGAGCAUAUAUCAAACUACUGCCUUUGUUAGUAGAAAAUAUGGGAGCCACUCAAUCUACCACUGGAUCAGUCUCCAAGCAUCAGGUUGUGGCAUUCCAUUCCUCAGACAAAUGGAAGAACCAUUUUGAAGCUUCUAAACAAACAGGCAAACUGAUGGUCAUCGACUUCACAGCUUCGUGGUGUGGACCAUGCAAAUACAUGGAACCCGCCAUUAACGAGUUUGCUGCAAAGUAUACAGAUGUUGAGUUCAUCAAGAUUGAUGUGGAUGAAUUGGCUGAUGUGGCUCGGGAAUUUGAAGUGGAGGCAAUGCCUACAUUCAUACUGGUGAAGAAAGGGAAACAAGUUGAUAAGGUUGUUGGAGCCAAUAAAGAAGAACUCCAGAAGAAGAUUGAGAAACACAGGUUCUAAUUAGCAGCAGAAGAAGAAAACCAGAACACUAAUCUAAACACUUUCAAUAAGAUCAUAUCUCACCAUGCUCUUGUUUUGCUUUGUCAUUUCUAUGUUUUGUAAGGCGUCUGUCGAGCUCUGCUGUCUCUGAAUUAUGGUAUGUGGUUUUCGAACUAUUUGCCCUAUGUCUUAAUACUAAAGUGAAGUUCUGGAAUUUAUCUGACCUCUCUCUCUCUCUCUCUCUCU